GGGGCGCGGGGCUCCGUCCCCGCCGGAGCGCGGCCCCUUCCGAGCGGAGGAUGAGCUGCGGCGAAGCCAAGGACAUGGAAGCUGCCGCCGCCGCCGCUCACUUCAGCUUCUGUCGCAGCCUCCUGGAGCACACGGUGUCAGCUGAGAACCUCAGCUACCGCCUGCAGCGCAGCCCUGGCACCAGCCUCACCUGGCACGACGGGCGCAGCCAGCGCGGCGAGGGCAGCCGUGCCAUCAAACUCCUGCGGCAGCCGGGCACAGAGGGCUCCCAGGGCCGUGGCUGCGAUCACUAUGGCAUCUACCACACCAGCCCAACGCUGGGCAGCCUUACCAAGCCAGUGGUGCUGUGGAGCCAGCAGGAUGUGUGCAAAUGGCUGAAGAAGCACUGCCCACACAACUAUCUCAUCUACGUCGAGGCGUUCUCCCACCACGCCAUCACAGGUACUGCUGCUACCCCCAGUGCCUUGUGCUCAUUGUGUGUAAAGCGCUGCUCCAGUCCCACUACGACAAGUCCAUGGCUGGGCAGAGCUCAGAGCUGGCCAGCACCCAUGGAGUGUAAAGGAUGGGCUCGUGGGCAGCUCUAUGCACAGCCCUAUGCCCUUGAGGAAUGCAAAGCCCUAAUGCAGGAGCUCAGCGAGCCCUCCGUGUGA